GAGGCAGCAUGAUGGCAGGGACUCCUUCCAAGCCGGCAAGAUCUACUACAUGAUGGUGAUUGUCACUACCAAGGACAAGGCCAACAACACAAUGAGCAGUGCUCAGUCUGGUCUGUUCAAUAGAGACCAAGAAUCUCGUGAAGCCAGCACCGGUGUCCAGCUUGACCCUGCUGGACAAGAACAGCACCUGCCUGUCACUCAAGUGGCACCACCCAGAGUCCAGGAACAUGAUGUACCGACUGCACGUGUGGCAGGGACAGAAGCAGAAGAAGUACUACAUGACGCAGGAGAGGAGGAAGGUUAUUUGUGGACUUCACCCGGCCAUGGACUACGUGCUGCAGGUGUCCUGUAUCCCCAUCCCAGAAGGUCAGGUGGAGCCCAACGGCACUUACAGUGAAUGGACCUCUAUAGUGGAGAGGACACUGGAGGAUGUGCCAAGUGGGGUUCCUGGUGUUGAGAUCAGCAGCUUCAGAUACCACAGGUGCAGCUCUCAGACCUCUGACUGUGAGGUCACCAUCUACUGGCAGCCAGUUCCAGAAAUGGAGUGUAAUGGGGAGAUAACCCAGUACCAGGUGACGCAGAUCGACACAGAGUCGGGUCAGAUGCAGGAGUUUGAGGUGGAAGGGUCAGACACAUCGCUUGACCUUGGGGUCAAGAAGGUCAGACAGUACUUGAUCAAACUGAAGGCCAGGACUCGGGUUGGAUAUUCAGAACAUUAUGCAUCUUUGGUGAUUCCAGCAUUCCAAGACAAGUUACCUCCACCUACCAACAUCUUGGUUGAGGCCGAGGAUUCUGUUCUGCACAUCAGCUGGGGUCCCCCAGAACUCUCCCAGAACUCCCCCGAGGGGCGGAUCCUUGGGUAUACACUGUACUACUGUACUGGCUCCAAGUUCACAUACAAAUGUGUGGACAACAUUCAGUGGCUGCCCUUCACCACUGACCAGAUGGCAUUUACUUGGUCAGUGCCUGAUGGUAACAUUGACAACAAGAUGAUUGGCAUCUCAGCAGAGAUGGAGAUAUCCAAUGAGGCAUUCAGCAGCGGAAUUAUGUGGAACAUAUGUGUGUAUCAGAAGCGAAAGAAGCCCUCCACUCCUCAAAAAGUGCAUUUUUCACCUGACCAGCCAGACGAUGGCCUGCGUGUGGUGUGGGAGCGGUCAGACUGUACCCUGGAUGCAGCAUACAUCACCCACUACCUGCUGUCAUACUGCGCCACCAACAGUCAGGGAGGAUGUGCAGGGCCCACAGUGAACCAGACUGUGUCUAACAAAGAUGUGACUUACCUGAUCAAGGAUCUGUCAGCUGGAGUGAAGUACAGGGUGACUUUCCGGGCGGUGUCCAGGACAGGGAAGGGGCCAGAGAGUGACCCCAUCACCCAUAUGGUUGUUAAUAGUGACCUGAACCCUGGUGAGAUGGUUGGCGUGCUGUUUGCCUGUCUGUUUGUCCUGCUGCUGAUCAUCAUUAUCUUCAUCUUCUGCUUCAAGAAAGUACACAAAAUGAAGAAAGGUUUCUACAUGCAUGUUGACAUUCCGAGUUUGGCAACAUUACCUCCACUAAGAGAAGGAGAUCCUCUCCAUGAUGUGUCACACCACUACCCUGGGCGUCCCCUGCCCCAGGUGCCCUCCGCCACCUCCCACACAGGACCUGAUGAUGGAUACUCAAGUGCUGAUACUGAUCCCAGUUUUGACCCACAUCGAUAUGAACCAAUAUCCAAACCAGUAAAUAACAACAAUAAUUCCACCAAGAGGAAUGUGAGCGUCUCCUCUGAAACAGCCCUUCUGUCCAACAUGGAGCACAACAACGAGGAUGAAGGCAAAUGUCAGCCUUAUCAGGUCACACAGCUCAGCAAGAUCCAUGGACCUGGUACUUCCUCUCCGGCAGGAAGACCAUCCGGGAAACGGUCCAGGAAACCAUAUAUUAAGAAAGCAAGAUUGCCAGACAGAAGUGGAAUUUCUGAAAGGACAGACAACUCUGUGGAAAGGGUAGAUAACUCUGUAGAGAGGUGUGAAAACUCAGUUGAGAGUUACUUACAGGCGGAUAUGACAGAGGAGUCAACAGGAUCAAAUUGUCUGCCGGACUCAAGGUGCAAUCAGGGUCUUCCAUUUAGUGAACAAAACAAUUCCAGUCUUCAUAUUCCUCUACAAGAUGCUCAUGUUGGCUUUGUGUUGAACCCACCCCCACAGACGGGGCCCCCUCCUCCCCCUGCCCCGCUCCCUGGGGGCCAUGUGAUGUAUGUGUCCUCACCACCCCCUAGUGACAAUUCAUCCUACAUCACAGAUGUGACAGCGUUAAUGCGACCAUUUGACAAUAGCUUAGAACAGACUGCUGACACUGCCCUGUAUAGUAAAAUAGGGAGUGAUGGAAGCUCAUCCCCACCCCUCCAUGCAGGGUAUGUGUCAUAUGACCAGGCUGAGGCAGUGGGUCGCACCCCCUUUCAAACAAGCACCCCUCAGGGGGAUGCUUCAAUCGCAGUCAGGCCGCUGAGUGAAUACAUGAAGCAUCUCCCCCUUAGCUACUAUGAGGAACCACAGCCUGACCAGGAGAAUGGUCCGACGACGGAACUGUGAUGUCAGUGUGGAAUAUUAUUGGUUAUAUUACUUACUGGAGAUGAUCUGACCCCAGAACAAGGACUGAGCCAAUCAAAAGUAGAGACAUGCAGUAGCCAAUCAGAGGAUACAGUUUUAGGACGAACCAAUCAAAAGACAGCAAGGGGGAGAAAGUGAUAGCCAAUCAGAAAGAAGUAUUGUCUGACCAAUAACAGAGCACUGUUGAACAAUGAAAGAAAUGAGAAGUGCUAUGAAAAUUAUUAUUAUCAUAUGAAGUUAUUUAUUUCCGUAGGAUAAACUUCAGUGUUUUCAGCAGACUUUCUCUCAUAGCUGGAGAUGAUCCUUCAAUGGGACCAGAAGCACUGAGUUAGAUCUCCAUCAGGCUUAUUGACUGUCAUGAGUAUCUGUAAGCACCAUGUUACUGAUAUGAGUGAAAAAAGAGAAACUGUCAUUUCAUUGAGAAUUUUGUUUUCUUUCUCCUACAAGUAUAAAAAGAUUAAUAUCUUUGUGAUAAUUUUGACAUUCCAUUAUCGCUGGAUCAAGUGUCAUUGUUGCAUGCAUCAUUGCUGCACAGAUGACAAUACAUCUUGCAGUCCUUUCUAUGAAAUAUAUAUAUAGUCCUGAUUCUGCAUGUAGAAGUGCAGGUGCAUGCAUGUGCAUGUAUGCACAUUUAACAAUCUGUGAUUUUAUGGAGUUAAAGUCCAAGAAGCACACAGGGUAACUUAUGCUUAAAGUUUCAUCAAAAUGUUCUUAAGCUUGAGAGUGACACUCAAUGAAUAUAAUGACUAAAGUGUACAGCGGAUCCUGCACCAAACUUCAGUGGUACAUCGGGUCCUGCCCUCAACACGGCAGUCUUAGCUCUCGGAUGCAAGUCUUUGUUGAUAUACAGGACUUAGGUCAAUCUUAGCUGUCAAAUACUGGUAGUUUAUUGGAAUAGGGUGACGGUGGGGGAGGGGUCUCCUGUCAGGGUCAGCUGGUCAUGUGUUUGAAUCUCACAUUCACUCCAAGAUGUUUAUUUUGGCUGCAACUGACCAUGCUAAAGAUGUUUCCUCACACAGUAACAAUAUGAAAACUUCAUGUCCUGCAGACUGACCUUACAGCCCUAUUACAUAGUAACUUGAUGUGUCUACUGCAGUAGAGAACAAAGAAAGCAUUAUUUAGUUUAUGUUCUUCAGUUUCGAGAAAUGAAGUGUUUCAUUGUGGUACCUCAUUAAGUUAUUGCAAUCAAUCCAUGGACCAAUCUGUGGACAAUUAGUGUUUUGUAAAAUCACGGAUUGUUUUUGUCUCAAGGUCAAAAUAUUCUUUGUGCCAUCAGUUCAAAACAUGAUAUUAUAAAAAAAUAGAAAAUAAUAUAUGUAGUAUUGAUGAGUGUCUACAGAUGGUCUUUUGUUUCGCUUUUAUGACAUACUGACAAUUAAAACCUUGAGUUUGAAAAGAUUUUUUCUUCGUUUUGUGAGAGAAUUGUGUCGGUGUAUGAUUAGAAAGCUGUCGAAACAAAGUGGGAUGAAGUGAUGAAGUAUUCAGCAUCCUCAUCACUUGUCAAAUUGUCAGCAACUAUGUUUCAUUCCUGUUUUAGAUGUUUUUAAAAUAUCUUGCCUCAAAGUAUAUAUAUUUUUUUUAAUAUAUAUUUUUUUUAUAUUUUAUGUUUCAAGAAUGGAAGAUCUCCAUACAGGUUAUGUAUGCUUUCCAUUUGAAUUCAGUCUGAUUUUCUUUUGUAAACAUUUGUACAUACAUAUCUGUACAUAAUUCUUUGUUCUUACUGAUCAAAUUUUAGGAUCAACUUGAGGACUCCACACUUGUAUAUAUGUAGCAAUGUAACAGUACAUUGUGAUUGUUCAUUUGUCAAAAUAAGUGCUUUCGCUCAAGAAUUUGAUUCUUGAAGUUGGUAUGUCUGUAUAUACAGUUCAAGGUGUAUUUAAUCCGUGUAAAUCAAAAUGUAUUGUCUCACAUUUCUUUAGAGAAAUACACUUUCAGUGUUGCAACGAUUUAUGAAAUGAAGAACUAUUCUGUGGCUCUUAGUAUGGCCAUUUACCUUAUUGCACUACCAUGUGGCCCAGUGGUCUAAGGCACCGAUGUUUGCUGUGCUGAGUUGCCUCCCUUAGAUGUGUCAUGAUCAUGUCUUCAUCCUGCAUUGCUUGUGAUUUCUUCCAAUGUUAAACCUAAAAUGUAAAACAUUGGGAAUUGCUUUGGAAUGAUUUAUGGAGAGUUUUGGUGCCAAAUAGUGAUUAAUAGAUAUGUCAGACAUACAGCUGUCACCUUACCUUGUCAUAGUAUCACAUACUACCAGCCACAGAUUUGCCUACCACCCUGUGAUGUUUUUGUCCAUGACAUUAAACAGAGUACUCUCAACUAACUCCAAGUCCCAGCAAACCUCAUUGCCUGUCAAUAAGUACAAGACAUGGAACAUGUUAGGCAUCGAUCAGAUUGACUGCUUAAUGUCAGAGCUAAGAGGGUGCAUAGUUCUUCCCUAUUUCUUAGAACAUCCAGGAAUAGUUCCCCAGUCCAUGGAGAUGCCAUGUGUUGGGCAGAAUGGCUUUCCUUGGGCACACUAGAAACUUAAUAUUGUUGAUAAGAGUCCCAAAUUCACCCUGAUGUUUCUAGGUUAGUCAGCACCAGACCAAUACUUGUGGGUUUGGUUCACCAAAGUGGUCAAACUCUGAGACCUGCAUCACUUUGGGGCUUUCUCUUACAAGACGUUGACACCUUGGACAGAACUCAAUGUACUAUUCAAGCCAGUGUUAGCCUAACACAAUCAAUCCAGGGAGCCGUUGUACAAAGCCAUGUUAAUGCUAAGAGGAUCGUAAUUCCCAUACCUUGACAAAGACUUACGACAGUCUUAGUACAUAAGUUGUUUUGUACAACACACGCUGUACAGUUGUAAUUUUAUCAUCUCCAUGUCCGAACCCCAAAUGUCUUGCCAGGCUUGAAGAUACUCUGUGCCACUUUGUGCUAAAUCUUUCUAUCUGACAUCCAUGACAUGUACAGCAUGACACAGCUGCAUGUGAUCAUUGUUCCAGACUUUCUCCCAGUACUGAAUAUUUCCAUGCACAAAUCAUGCACUGUUUGUGAUGAUGCUCCACCUGUUCAUCCAUCUCAGUAUCAAGUGUUCACAUUGAUAUGCUGCAGCGUUCUCAUGGCAUUAAAUGACCAAGAAUCAUGUAAAAACAAAAUAUUGUAUAUGGCAAAUGUGUUUCUUUGCAACGAUACAUACUUUAGGAGAAUUUUAUUGCUAAUGAUUGGAGUACAGCUAACGCAAAUUUAGUUUCAUUGAAUGCUUUGGUGGCUUUGACUGAAGGGGAGGUAAUUUUCUCUGUAGAGUUGUCUCCCUUGAAUUACGCUGUUCGUUCUGACACAACAGCUGCGGUUUGUCUGUACCAAAACUAAACUUGUACUCAAGCAGUUACUGAUUGACUGCAUUACUUUGAACUAUUCCACAAUCGGCUGAUAUAAUGAAUUGUUCUAAGAUAUUUUGACACCCCCCAAAAAUUUCAGUUUUAGAUUUUUUAUGGCCUAUUAAUAUUUACAAUAUACAUGUAUCUUGUGUUUUAAUCCAUGGCUAUUGACUAGAGCAGGCAGUUCCUGACUUGAUUAUGUUUAAUGGUGAAAACAAUGCAUGUUCAUGUGAAUCUGUGGUGAAGCAUGGAGAACUAGAUUGUUUACCUUUAUAAUCUUUCCAACAUUCCUGGGCUUCAGUUCUGAUUCUCAAAUUGAAAUAAUGAACAUGCAGUCUUUUUGUAUAUUUCUUUUAGUUUCAUUGUCAGAUCAGACUUAAUGCUUGAAGUUCAAUAUCUGGAACUGCCAACUUACAACUUAAUUAUGCUUUUGAUAAGAUUUUCUUUUACAGAAAUUUCAUAUUUUUCUAUGCUUGUUAUCAGGUUGAAUCAGAAUUGAAGAAUUGGUUCACAAAAUUACUCAUUCUCUCAUACGGUUUUGCUUUGAUUAUUUCUUCAGCUGAUAUUUCAGCUUUUUCUUGCUUUACUCUGGUUGUGAUUUGUACAAAGAAAGGUUGUGAAUAUUAAACUCUGUUGCGAUCCUGACAAUGAAUUCCUGUUGUCUGUCUGUCUGUCUGCUGGUUGUGAUGAAGCUCAUGUUUGUGUGGUACCAUCACUUUUAUAUAUCAUUGUUGAAUAAACAACCUUCAAGCCA